AUUUGUUAGUGUACUUCAGAUUCACUAAAAAUAAGAAAAAAACUAAAAUAAAAACAAUGGCGUGCGUACAAAGUACACAUGUCAGAAAUGAAACUUCUUUGGAAAACAAAUUUUUAAAUCUCGUUUGAUCAAUUAUCCUAAUCUGUCCCCUAAACCAAUUGUUUUUUGUCAAUAUUAGAAAUUAUUAUUCUACUUACUUCUGUAAUAUUCACUAAACAGUAAAAAAAUAAUUGCGUAAGUUUGACUUUGACAACAAACACAUCAGCUGACAGCUGGCUUUGGCUGUUGUUGGAUGUUACAAGAGUAAAUACUAAAUAUUUAUAAAGUAACACUAACUUAGUAACACACUUAGUAAGUACUAAUGGUACAAACUACAAGAACAAUUAUUAUUGUUUUUUAAAUAAAGAAACUAUGACAUCAAAAAAGCAUUUAUAAAUAAAAUAAACUCAGAAAAACUUAAAUAAAAUACGUAGUAAGUGUUGAAUUAUUUGCAUAUUGCUAUGAGUGUGGUGGAUGGUGCAUCCUCCAUCCAAUACUACCCACAAAGGAAAUAAAAUCAAUACAUUAUAUAUAAAAAUGCCGACCUUGGAUUCUGGUGAUCAAUACUCAGUAUGGGUGGGCUUAAUAUACAUCUUCAAUUUAAUAGUUGGAACAGGAGCACUAACACUUCCAGCUGCAUUUGCACGAGCCGGCUGGGGGCUGAGUACAAUAUCACUGGUAUUCUUAGCCUUUAUGAGUUUUAUGAAUGCAACAUAUGUCAUAGAAACAAUGGCCUGUGCUAAUGCUGUGUAUAAAUGGAAAAGAUUGCAGUUUAUCAAGAGAAACAGUAUUCAAGAAGAUGAUAAUUCUGAUGAGGAUGCACAAAUUCAGAUUAGUCAGUGUGAGCUGGAGGAUCCACUUGUGUGUGGAGACACGAUACCUUCACGCUAUUACAGUCUAGACAGGCGGGUUGAGCUCGGAGAAAUGGCUAAUUUGUUUCUCUGCAAAAUGGGCCGCUCUGUAUUCUAUUGCACACUAUGUGUAUAUCUGUAUGGAGACCUGUCUAUAUACUCUGCCGCAGUUGCAAACUCUAUGAUGGAUGUAUUAUGUUCAGCAGUACCAGCGAACUUCACCAAUUCGUCAGACUGGGACACACUUCCCUGUUUCAACGUAUCUUCGACAGACACUCAUAUAUACACCAGAUCAGAUUGCUACCAUGUAGCACUACUUACAUUCUUCUCAGCUAUGGGACCAUUUGUCUUCUUCAAUGUGCAAAAGACCAAGUAUUUGCAGCUAUUUACAUCAGGAAUGAGGUGGCUUGCAUUUAUUAUAAUGAUAUCAAUGGCAAUACAUCUCUUGAUACAUAACGGGCCUCAAGGAAGACCACCAGCAUUUGAUUUCACCGGCUUGCCAACAUUAUUCGGAGCCUGUGUCUAUUCCUUCAUGUGUCACCAUUCACUGCCAGGCCUCAUAAGCCCAAUAAGAAGAAAAUCAUACCUAGGGCUCCAUAUCUCUCUAGAUUACAUGUUAAUUACCAUAUUCUAUCUCCUCUUGGCAUUUACAGGGGCUUUUGCAUUUGCAAACUUAAGCGAUCUCUACACUCUUAAUUUUAUACCAAAGAAUAAUGAGAAUAUAUUUCUAGAGAUUGUUGAGUACUUUCUGGCUUUAUUUCCUGUAUUUACACUCUCUACCAGUUUCCCCAUCAUAGCUAUUACUCUGAGAAAUAAUUUACAAAGUCUUUUCUUAGACACAAGUCGCCUAGACACAUAUAAUAUAAUAUUAAGGAGAUUAUUGUUCCCAGUUCUAGCUGUUGUUCCGCCAUUGUUACUAACGUAUUUCCUGGAAGAUAUAAGUAUACUUAUUAAGUUUACUGGUUCGUACGCAGGGACUGGGAUUCAGUAUUUCAUUCCCACAUUUCUAGUGAUCUCAGCGAGGCGACACUGUAAGAACUUGUUGGGUCUUGGUGUUGUAAAUAAGUAUAAGAGCCCAUUUUCGAACAUCGCGUGGGCAAUAUUCGUGCUACUGUGGUCAUUAAUGUGCAUUAUUCUUGUUACAGUAAAUAUGUUUCAGAAGCAUUCAUGACAUAAAAGUUAGUAUAUAGCUGAUGUAUUUUAAACUUACCCUUUUACUGUGUUACCAGCAACUAAUAUAAUUAUUAUUAAUAUGUUUAAAACUCGAUAUAAUAACAGAUAUUUUCUAUAGAAUAAUCAAAAGAAAGCUGCUAUUUAUUUACUUUUAAAAUAACUCCUGUUUGUAUUUCGAUUAUAACGGUUAAGUUCAGUUUAGAAGUGGUAUUUCACAUCAAAAAUAUAAAAUUUUAUACAGGUAUAAUAGGCCUAGCUAUUUCUGCGUAUAUUAUUAUCUAUUAGUUAUAAUUGUAAACCUGUAAUGCUGUCCAUUUAGCGCAAAUCUUUAUUUAUCAAGUAUACUUCAUAGACAAAUUAGAAUAUUAGUUAAAAUUAUACAUGUACUGCUUCCAUAAAUAAAACCAUAUUUUUAUGUCUUCUUAUACUUAAGAUGUUGUUAGGGCGUAAUUCAUAUGUGCAUUGUUCUUAAUGUAACUAUGAUAACGUUUGUAACAAGAAUAUUAUAUAUUAUAUGUAUGUGUAACGAAAUAUUGUUUAAAUUUGUGUAACGAUAGUCGAGAAUAUUAAAUUAUAGGCAAUAGUAUUCUUUUGAACGUUUGAUUCCAUUAAAAGAAUACUUUUUAUGCUUUGUCUAUACACGAAGUACAAUUAAAAGCAUGUGGGUACUUAGCUAUAUUUAUUAAUUAUUAAAGACAAUAUACUGCCGAAUUUAGUAACGCAUUUAUGUAUAAGUUAUACUUAAGGCAACACACACUGAUUCCGUCGCCAUAUUAAAAAAUCUUGGAGUAUGUUUGGGUAUAUCUCUCUUAUGAAUUGUAUAUGUGACAGGCUGUCACAUGUUUUGUGGGAUGCCUUGAGUCAAACUUAGUAUUGCCAAAUAAUGCGUUUAUAAUAAUUUUUCUAUGUAAUUAUUGAAAUAAAUAUAAGUAUUGUUAUAUUUCUGUGAUAGAGCAACCAUUUAUAAUUAAUUAGCGUAUAUAAUAUAAUAUAUCGGCAGACUUGCUAUUAAUUUAUAUGAAGAGUUUUUAUACAAUAAAAUUAUUUUGAAGUUU